GGCUGCCUCCGGAGCCAGGAGCCCAGGCGAGCGCCAUGCUAAAAACCAAAAUGGCUGCCCCAGGGAAAGAAGCCCAGCUCAGGCUGUGAGGGGCUGCGCCUUCGCAUACCCAGCCUCUUCGCUCGCCGGACGUCGCCAAGAAAUACUCUCCUUGAUUCCUGCACCCCACGUUCAGACCUUCUGCUGAGAUCAACAAAACCAGAAAUGAUAAAAUUUUUUCUUAUGGUAAACAAACAAGGUCAAACAAGACUUUCUAGGUAUUAUGAGCAUGUAGAAAUUAAGAAACGGACAAUGCUGGAAGCUGAAGUAAUCAAAAACUGUCUUUCCCGUUCAAAGGAUCAGUGCUCUUUCAUUGAGUAUAAGGACUUCAAGCUGGUAUACCGACAGUAUGCAGCCCUUUUUGUAGUUGUUGGAAUCGACCACACAGAGAAUGAGAUGGCAGUAUAUGAACUAAUUCAUAAUUUUGUGGAAGUUCUGGACAAAUACUUCAGCAGAGUGAGUGAAUUAGAUAUCAUGUUCAAUUUGGACAGAGUGCACAUCAUUUUGGAUGAAAUGGUGCUAAAUGGUUGCGUUGUGGAAACAAACAGGAACAGAAUUCUGGCCCCUCUGCUGGUGCUUGACAGAGUGGCAGAAAGCUAGGAAGAUGCAAGACUGACUAAAGCAUUCUGCUAAGGAUGAUGAAGCCAUCAAGAGCUGACAGCAGCGUUCUGAUGCCAUUAAGGCUGACUCAUGCAAUAUUCAAAUUAGUUGGAAAAUAUUUCCUGUUUCUCCUAUGCCCAGUGUACCUAAUGGAAAGACACAGCUAUACAUAAAGUGGAACCUUCCAUUUCAGAUGCAGCUUUCUUGACCCAGCAGAAGUCUUCCUGCAACAGUCAACGCUUUUUCAAACUGAGAAUAAAGUAGUGGCAACUUGCA